UUUGUUCUUUGCAAACAAUUAUUCUUUCUCAGAGGAGAGGGGUAAAUUAGGCUAGGAAUUAGUUUUACUCUUUUUACUUUUAAUUGCCUUUUCAGAAAACUGAGUCACCCUCACAUUGUUAAAUUUUAUGGCACUUCACUGCUGCUGGAACAAGAUUCCGUGAGAAUUAUCCUGGUUUUAGAAUGUUGCAAAGGAAACCUACAGAACCACAUCUUUAAAAACCACCACUUAAUUCCUGGGAAAUCAAGAAGCGCUGAUGCCAUAAGAAACGCUCGUCAAUGGGUCGAAGAAAUCACUGAUGCUCUGGCGUACAUUCAUGAACAGGGAAUAGUCCACAGAGACCUCAAGCUUGAAAACGUCUUGGUAUAAUGCAAAGUGUUGUUAUAGCUCUUUAAUUAACAAGCUAAGUAGAGGACAGCGAUAUACACAAUAUAUAUAUGAGUCAGGACAAAUUAGUUGUGUUUAGACUUAAUCUGUCGUGCUUUUGUCUUUGUUAAGAGCCUGUCUGAUAUUAUAUUGAGAUAAAAAGCAUUUCGCAAUAAGAGAUUAACAUUUAGACAUCAAAGAACACAUAUUAAAUCUACGGACCACUUUCGGUUGCAAAAGUUUUCGACAUUGACUCUGAUUUUUAACUUCUCUAACGAUUUGUGGGUGAGUUAUUUUACAAGCAUGUUUCAAGUCAUGAGUCAGUUUGAAAACAACAGGAAAGUGCGAAAAUGGCCUUCAGAAAGUUUUGAUCAUCUUUCAUGUUAAAUAAUUUUUGCAAGGCUGACAGAGGUUGGCAUGGGUCCCCCAGACUCAGUGCUUCUCAAGUGUAACAUACGAUAGUGUUCUUAGCCAGGCAGUGUUCCUAGCGUGCUCAACUGUACGCUGAUAUGCUGGGAAGGUAUGGUUAAGAAUAAAACAUAUUCUGGCUUACUAUUAAUGAUAAUGAGCGACGUUUUAAGGCAUUUCACUACGAAAAAUUCAAUAAGGCACUGCUUAGAGUUGAUUUUAGUAUAAAAUAAUACAAGAUUUAAGAACAUGUGUGGUAGUUAAAUAGUGAAAUCCUACUUUAAUUUUAGUUUCCUUUUUCUUUAAAGCUGUCAGAGGAAAACUCAGUGAAAGUUACAGAUGUUGGCAUAUCUAUAGCAGUAGCAGACAUUACUGGUACCAUCGCUGGAAGCCCUGCCUACAUCGCACCAGAAGUGUUCCACUCUAAGGUGUAUGACAGCAAAGCAGACAUCUACAGUCUUGGUAUAAUGUUGUGGGAGAUCUGGUACGGAAAGCAGGCGUUUUCAAAAAUUGUAUCCUUGAACCUUCACGAUUUCUUCGGGGAGGUGGAUAGCGGGUGUCGUCCAGAACUUUUAAAAGAUCACGUGGAUCCUCCUCCUUGUUGGGAAGAACUAAUGAAGGCUUGUUGGGAGGCGAUGCCAGAGAAGCGUCCUUCAGCUAAGCAAUGCCAUGACCGAGUUUUAGAUUUUUUUUGA